CUCGUACUAGGCAAGAGGGUUUGUGAGUCGUAGUUGGAUGAUUUAGUCGUGCUUAAUAUGGGCUACAAAACCUUUUGAUAGGGAUCUUCAUGUCGCAGCUUGUGACCAAAAGCCUUGUGUCAUAAUGGAGAAUUACCUGAAACUGUCUGUCAUCGGGAAAGGUACCUACGGAACUGUAUACAAAGUCAAAUGUAGGACCACCGGAAAGGAGUUCGCAUUGAAGCAUCACAGUGACAAGGUACAGGAUACGACCGUAAGAGAGCUCUCCUGUCUCACAGCACUCAAGGGUCACCUGCAUGUGGUUUAUAUGCAUGACUGCUUCGUCAGCGAUGGAAGGGUAGCCAUGCUCCUGUCCUACGUGCCGUACACCUUGAGUGGAGUCAUUCACAAUGGACAUGGUCUGAACAUGUGCCACGAGUCAGGCCAAGUGAAACAGUUGAUCCCAUUGAGUUUUGUGGCUCAUUUUUCUCGCCAAGUGGCUCAUGCUCUGUCUUACAUGCACGCACUGAACAUGGUGCACAGGGACUUGACACCUUUCAACGUGCUACUGACAGAAGAUCUCACGGUCAAACUGGCCGACAUGGGCCUCUCGAGACAAGCCUCGAAAUGGAUGAGUCCCAAUUUAGUCACGGAGGCGUACAGGGCCCCGGAGCUAUUUGAUCAGUGCGAGAGAUACUGCCUAGAGUACACUUGUGCUAUAGACAUGUGGAGCCUGGGGGUGACGAUAGCCGACGCGAUGGAAGGGAAAGUGGUAUUCUACAAGCGCGUAGAUCAGCACCAAGAGACUAUCCCCACGUACGAGAUCAUCGUCAAGACUCUGGGUCCCAAAGACCGUUCGUGUACAGCAAUUGCAUCCUGGGGUCCUGACACCAUUAUGCCCAGUGUGAUGAAGUGUACACUCGUGAAAAGGAUCGUCUUGGGACUGCUGGCUUUCCGUGACACUGAGAGACCUCUCGCUCAUGAGCUGCUGAGGGACGCAGAAUGGGCACAUGUUUCUCAUAUGAACGAGGAAGACCGAGUCAUGGUCAUAGACCAGAUUCGGAAAGGUGAAAAGUGA